AUGAGAAUUGGAUGUCUUCCAAAUCUGAGAAACAUAUAUCUCUGGAGGAGGAAGAGCAAGAAAGUUGAAAAAGUUGCUGCGAAAGCCAAUGAAUUUUCGAAGCCAGUUCCAGUAAAAGAUGAAGAUGAAUUGAAAGAGAGUGAAGAAUUCUGGUUAAGAGAGGAUGUGGACAGCAAGUCACAGAUACACGAUUCAAGUACUUCCAUCAAGAAUGAGAGCUUGCAUGAGAAAGAAGUUGUAACCCAUUCGAAACCUGGAGAUGAAGUUAUGUACGAGCUGAAUUUACAUGAUUCAAGCACUGCGAACAAGAACGGUACACAGGCCAAACAAGAGUCAAUCCAAGAUCAGGCGAUACAAGAAUAUGAAGGAGUUCCGCAAUUACAAACAUUCAGCUUCGACGGUCUGAAUGCAGAAAGACGUGGGACAGUGAGCGAUGGAUUCAAUAAGGUGAAGACGUUUGACUUGAGAGGAGUUCAAAGUAGCAGCAGCGCUGCAUCAAGGGAAGAAAACAAUUGA